AUGCGGGAUAAAGAUGGCUUGAGGCGCAGACACAGACAGGGCUGCUGGACGCUUCUCGCCGCUCUUCAAGGCUCGAGGGAGGAAGAAAGCUACAGGACGAGGAAGCAGAAGAGCAACAGAAAAACUGAAAUAUCACAAGUCCUAAGUGCCAUUGAGGUGAGGAGGAGGAUGAAGAGGAAAGGACUGUCCUUCCUCAAUGCAGGUCGCAAGAGGGACUACUUAACCUACCUCUGCCUGUCAGUUACUAACAGCAGACCAGCUCAAGUCCUCAUUACUAAAGUUAAGAAGUAUCGAGGCACAAGACAGCUUGCUAAAAGGUCUCAGUGGUCCGUGAAGCAGCUGCGGCAGGUCAAUGGCAUCAACCCCGAUAAGGACACUCCUGAGUUCGACCUAGUGUUCGACCGCACCACUGAUCAAUGGGUAGCCAGCUCAGCUGCAGAGAAAUGCAUGUUUGUGCAGGUUCUGUACCAUGCUUGUCAAAACUACUGGGAGGCCAAGCUUGCCCAAGCCAACCCAGCAUCCCCCGGAGACCAGAAGACACCAGGAGCUCCGGAGAACAAGAAGAGCCCUGGAGCUCCAAGCCAAACUAGCUUUGUCAACUGUCAGCAGAAGCUAAUGGGAGAUGCUUGUUCUGUUAAUAUGGUUAUCUACCGCUGCAAGAUUUUUUUGAACCGAAUGAAGAACAGUAUGACAGCAAACCAGGGUUGGCCUCAGCGUGAAGCAGCAGCUGUUAAAGCAUCCAGGAGCAGGAUCAGGAGCAGCCCGUCUCCUCCGGCGGUGAGGAAGAUGGGGAACGUGAUGCGGAGGGCCAGUCAGGUUCUGAGUGAACGCGGGGAGCGUCUGAUGAGGGCCGACGAUAAAACCAACCACUUGCUGCACGGGGCCAAGCAGUUUGCGGAAGCUGCGCAGAAGCUGGCUCUGAAGCAGAUUUAGAGGUGUUCCUAAAGGCCUGUAAAUACACAUUUUAAAAAGAAGCUCCUAAUCAUCUGGUCGCUGGAUAUUUUGAAAUGUAACUUCUCAUCUAAUUCAAAUGCUGUUUUUGAGUGCAAGGCAUUUUGUUCAGCUUCCUCUUCACCUGCAGAUUGGACUCAUUUUUUGCAAGCCAUUGAGCAUUUUAAGCAGUUGUGUUGUGUUGUGGUGUGCUGUGGCCUGACUUGCAGAUCUGUUUAUUCUGCCCUUUCUACAGUAAGCACAGUAUAAUAUAGCAGCAGGUGGCUGAUCCUCUUCUGCUAUAAUGUGUAAUACUACUGAAACUGUGUUUGUUUUGCGGUUAUUUUUCUUGCAAAACAAGAAGAAAUUGCCUCCCUUUGAAGUAAUACAUCACAUUGAAAUGAAAGGGCUGCACUUGUGUUGACUAAUGAUUAAAAAAUCUUUUUGCAUUGUUCUGCAAGCUACAGCAUUUCAGAUUGUAAUAUUGCAUUUUUUUUUUAUUUUUAUUUUUUUACAUAUAUCGACACAUUGUGAAGUGGCAUUGUUAAGGGUUAGGGUUACUUUUGGGUGAUAUUUCUGUAGGUUUAGCACUUCAGCUUAUUGGAAGCACCAUUUCUUUUCCAUUAACAAUAUAGUAAUUAUUUAUUUUAACACUUGAAAUAUGAUUUAUAUAUAUAUA